CCUUUCUCUCAGUUCCUGUUUUGUCGCACAGAAGUUCGGCAGACAAUUCGCGUGGAAGGCUGUUUUGCCAAAGUUGUAAGAGCCGUAACCGAAGGAUGUGGUCGCGCUGCUAGUCUGCAUGCUACAAAUGAAAAGACGUCUGGAUUCGGCUUGGAAGAGCGGCAGAAGACAGCUGAGCUGAAGAUUCUUUCUGACCCGAAGGUCAUGAAACAAACCACGGGACGUCUAGGAUAACCAGGGGAGGUGAGCCAACAUGCAGCACACCACAUGCACAGAGGACCGUAUCCACCACGCCCUGGAGAGGUGCCUGGAUGGCCUGGGAACUGGCUCCUCCCUCUCAAGGUCCUCUGGGCUGUGCAUGAACCGCUGGAGUCUGGAGGAGCUAGUGAAGAGGGACCCGGACAACUUUCUCAUUCUCCUCCACCAGAUUCUCAGAAAAGCCAAAGAGGUCCAGGAAACGUCCGAGUAUGAGCUGGUGGCCCCAUUGGCUAUCAUGUUCUCCAACACCCUCCUGCAGACGCCAUAUUUUCCUGUGGACUCCCAGCUCCUAAUGGAGGCCUACGCGGUGUUCCACCGCUUCCUGACGUGGCCGGAGCCAUACUGCAGCGUAUGUCGCAACCUGCUCUCCACUCUCUGCCAGGAGAUGAAGGCCCCAGGUAUCUCCUACCAUCGGCUGGUGAGACAGGAGCAAGGGUUAGUCACACCCAUGCAGAAGUCGAAGACUAUAACGGUGCUCUUGAUGAACCCGGUGGACGUCCCGCCCCAGUUCCUGUCCGUGGUCGAGCAGCUCAGCCAGACCCAUCAAUCCCAGAAGGAGGCCUACAUCACCCUCAUAAAGCAUGCGUACCAGGCAGCCCACGGCACCAAAUACUCACUCCCCUGCAUGCAGAAGGCCCUGCAGGAUAAAAGUUUGGAGGAGCUGAGUCAGAUCUUCACUGCGGUUUCGGAGCUCAUGGAGUCAGCUGCCUCCAUGGAAGAUCCGGAAAAAGCCCGGGCUGAUUUACUGCAAGGCCUGGAAGGACUGAAGGAGAGGGUUGGCAUCCAUGUGUCCAAUGGCAGGAGAUCAGAAGGACAGUUGCAGACUCUCCCUUUGCCAAUCGCCAGAACUUACAUGUACGAGUGGGACAAGGACAAUUUUGAUAUUUUGAACCAGAUUCUGGAAGAUGAGCUCGCACAAAUUCCUCCCGAGGAAGGACUGGACGAGGAUGACGAUGAGGAGGAGGAGAAAGGGGAGCAGGACGAAGAGGAGAUUUCGGAGGAGGACGACGUUGUGACAAACGGCUGUGUAGACCACAGAGCCUCCACCAUCUCCACCAUGUCCACACUAUCCACAGUCUCCAAGGACUCCAUGUUCUCAACGCUCUCGGCCGUUUCGAAUUGCUCCGCGCCCUCCGUGUUGUCGAUGGUCUCCGGAGCAGACAGUGACUUCUGCGAGGACAUGGAAGAUAUCCUGCCAGAGCGGGGCACCAAGACGAAGCCUUGUUUGAGUCAACGGUUUUCCAUGCUCUUCAAGCCGAGAAGCAGCCAUUCCCUGUCGCGCGCCAAAAGCCUCGGCAGUCCCGAGACCAAAGACUUCGUGGUGGUGCGAUCAAAGCGCUCCAACUCUCUUCCCCAGCAUGCCCAACUGCGCAAGCCAGAGCGGUUACCUCUCAAGCCCGUCUGCUUCCGGAGAAGGCCCAUCCUGAGCUGCGACGAGGACAGCAAGUCCACCACCCUCCGUGUGGUGGUGUUUGGUGCCGACCACGCUGCCGGAAAGGUGGCUCGGGCCUACAGCAGCCUGCGUCUGCGGGAGAGCACCAGCCCGCACCUCACUCGGGUUUUUAAGCUGCAGUUCUUCUUCAUUCCGGUGAGAAGGAGCAGCUGCAGCAGCAACAGUGGCGGCUCUUGGAAGACGUCCGAUAGCCUUCUUCGAGACUCCGUCUGCGGGGAGCAGAGCUCGCUUGGCAUGGAGGACAGCACUAAUGACAUUGCACGCUUCAUCGGAAUGCUGGACCCCUGGUACGAGCGCAACAUGCUCAGCCUGCUCAGCCUGCCUAUUGACGUCCUGUGUCAGCAAACCUCAAAAACAGAAACUGACUUUGGUGUCUGCGGCGAACGUCUGUCCAUUCUGGCAGAUCUGGUCUUGUACUACUGUCGCAACGCUGUCCGACCCGUGCUGGUACAACUCUACCAGGCUGAGCUGACCCUGGUGGGAGGAGAUAAGAGGACUGAGGUCUUCAUCCACUCCUUGGAGCUGGGCCAUGCUGCUGGUACUCGUGCCAUUAAGGCUUUGGGCGCCGCCAGCAAGCGCUUUGGGAUUGACGGAGAUCGAGAAGCCGUCCCAUUAACACUAGAGGUGGUUUAUAACAAGGUGGGUGUCAGUGGUCGAAGCCAGUGGAACAGAACAGACAAAGUCUGCACGUCCAUAAAUCUGACCAAAGCCUGCAAGAAGCCAGAGGAACUUGACUCGAAGAUGGAGUGCCUCCAGUUGACGAUGACGGAAGUGUUGAAGAGACAAAACUCGCGAUGUAAAAAGGCAUACAAUCAGCAACUGUCAAUCACGGAGGUGAAAGUGGACAAAGUGCAGGUGAGCGGGGGCAACACCACCUUCGCCGUCUGCCUGGACCAGGAUGAGAAGAAGAUCAUUCAGAGUGUGACUAGGUGUGAAGUGUCUGUGUGCUACAAGCCCGACAUCAUGACAGACCGGAGGCUGCGCAAGUCCCUCUCCACAUACACCGAACCGCUCCACCCAACCUUCUGCUCUCUACUCUGCCUGCCCAUCGCCACCUUUAGCGGGGCUCACCCGUGAGAAAGUUACCCUCCACUGGAGGUCUUCCACUGGACCAAGUUUACAAGAGGUCUAGAAAUUUGUAAAGUUUUUUUGUUUUUUUUUAAAUAUUAUUAUUUGCUUUAUUUAUCAUUCAGGAGAUCAUAUAUUGUCCCACGGAUGUGGGUGAAAGUGCAAUAACUUUAAUAAACCUUGAAUAACAAUAACCUUGAAUCUGACAAAAACACGAGAUAGAUAUAAUUAAUUGAUAGUAAUUCAUUUGAAUGAUGAGAAAAUGAGUCUCAUAUUGGACUCCUGGUGCAAAGUUCACACACAGACACACACACACACACACACACACUUAAUUGCAUUUAUAGGUUAUAGUGAAAUAAUACUUCGUAUGUUAAUCUAAACAAAUACAAAAAUCUAUAAAGUAUAUUAAAUUAUUACAUAUGCAAAAUUAAUCAUAAAAAGCGCUUUAAAUUACGAUGUAAUUCUAACCUUGUCUUCAAUAUAAUUACCGCUUUAUCACUCGUAUGGGGGUCUAUAUGCCUCUAAGACAUCCCAGUUCAUGAAAAUUAAACAUUUGUUUUAUGUAGGCAGCUUUGUUUACUUUGAGAAUAUUACCAGACACUUAUAUACCGAGGAAAAUACACUAAAAAUGUUAAAGCGUUUUUCCUACUAUUGUUUCGCAAUCGUCUAACAUGAGAUAUGAGAUAAAUGAAUGGGCUGUAUUGAAAUGUAUUUUUAGAGUGAAGAUAACUUUUUGCACAUAAUAAUAUGACAUAACAUGACUAUUUCAUUAAAUCCGACCCUUCGUAAGACAUUUUAAUACAUUGAAUGCAAUCUCUGAAAGUGAUCAUCGGCAUAGAAGACUUGUUCUCAACACGAGACAAUCGUCGCGUCACGUGCAAAACGUAUACUACGUCGCUCACCGGAAGCGCGCACUCGUAGAGUCGGCGCGUCUACCGCAGCCUUGCGGCAGAUGCUGGCUUCAACGUUGAUAAACACUGAGCUCCUAGCAGAGCAGCGGUUUUCCCUCUGACAUUAAAAUAUGCCUUCAAACGUACGUCAUUUUGUUCAAUACCUUAUUCAGAUCAUCUGCCGGAAAUUAAACCAUGAUACACAGCUGACUCAUCCGUAUAGAUCUACUGCAUUCUCAUCGUUUUUGGAUGCUUUUUUUUCUUUUAUCCAUACUGUACGUGUUGAUCUCUGUAAAUACUGUAUAUAUACAUGAUACUGUAAAGUAUAUGUGCAUCUAGUCAUAGCUUACUUAAUGCGUGUUGUUCAUAAACUAACAUAUGUGUAUAUAGUGUAAUUUAUUGUUAUUUCGCAUUUUUAUAACUUGUCCCAAUCUUAUUUAACUAACGGGUAGCUGCCUUGUAGGCUGCAUUGUAAAAUCAAAGACCAAACACAAGCUUAUCACAGGAGACAAAGCAAAGGCUCGCGCUCUGUUGUGCAAGUGUUGCAGGAUUGUUACUGAUCACAAACACUUUGCUACUUUAAAAGAAUCAGGACUUGCGGGAUGAAAAUAAAAUGCGGUACACGCAUGGUACAUCAUAUGAAGGAUCGUUUAUCAGAUUUAUAUGUAUGUUUUGAACGGUGUUGAAUUUUGUAUUUUUUUUGUCGAUUUUCUUUUGUGGGAAACAUUUCAGCAUUUUACCUAAAUCAUACGCAAUUAUAUCUUCGUAAUGCACUUGUAUACUUACCAGACCCAUCAUGACUGUUGAAAUGUUAAAUCUUUGAUCGGUGUAAGUAUUUUUUGUUUGCGUCUUAACAUGUGCUGAUCUAUUCUUGUUUAGUGUCUCUAAAUGUAAAUUGGGAUGCCAUUGUUUUUGCAUAAGCUUGACCCCUUCAGCAUGAUGGGGAAAUUUGGACCCUCCUGUAUUUCCUGUAUAUAUUUUUAUUUAUGUUUAACGGUAGUUUUUUUCCCCCCGUAAGCGUUCCCCUGUUUUAGCAAUAGUACUUUUUUGCUGGGCCAUUGAUGAUCGCGUAAGAUAAUCACAUUGGCAAAAAGGUGUUGCUUUUGCCGUCGUUUUUCCGGAUGUUCCAUAAUAUGGUGCCGGAAACAGGAAUCGUAAAUGGCCUGGCUAGUGACUUUGUAACCCUGCCUUCCAGUAAAUACCACACACAACAUGUUCUGUGGGUCUCCAGGUAUGUCAAACCAUAAACACUUAACUUGAGCCAUUGCAUGUCAUUAAAAUAAAUUGAGUUCUCUUCCCACUGGGCACUGAGAAACUUUUACCAUUUGCGUUAUCAAAAGCCAAAAUGAACGUUUUGGGUAACUGUCGCUGUAUUCCUGUCUUAACCAAUGUGUCUUCUCAAACUGCAGUGCAAUUCACAAGUGUACCUCUCUCUCUCUUAAAUAAAACUCAAUUACUUCUCA